AUGGGCUGGCUGAGGCCCUGGGCGUGCUACUGGUUCCUGCUCGUGGCCCACCUGCUGGCCCUGGGCCUUGGGGCGCUAGUGCUGCAGGCGCUGGAGGGACCACCAGCCCUGCAGCUGCAGACCGAGCUCAGGGCUGCACUGGCUGCCUUCCAGGCUGAACACAGGGACUGCCUGCCACCAGGAGCCCUGGAGGAGCUGCUGAGCACCGCCCUGAGAGCCCAGGCUCACGGCGUCUCCAACCUGGGUGACGGCCUGGAGGCCAGCAGCUGGGACCUGCCCUCGGCCCUGCUCUUUGUCACCAGCAUCCUCACCACCACUGGUUAUGGCCGUCUAGCUCCCCUCUCCGCGGGUGGAAAGGUCUUCUGUGUGAUCUACGCCGCCCUGGGGCUGCCAGCCUGCCUAGCCCUGGUGGCGGCCCUGCGCCGGGGCCUGCUGCCCACACUCAGCCGCCUGGGAGCCUGGCUGGUGGUCCCCUGGCAGCUGGCCCAGGCCAGGGCUGCACUUCUGCAGGCAGCUGCCCUGGGCCUGCUGGUGGUGACCACCUUCGUGCUGCUGCCCGCCGUGGUGCUGUGGGCAGUGCAGGGCGACUGCAGCCUGCUGGAGGCCGUGUACUUCUGCUUCAGCUCGCUCAGCACCAUUGGCCUGGGGGACUUGCUGCCUGCUGGCGGCCACAACCUGCACCCAGCCGUGUACCACCUAGGCCAGCUAGCACUCCUCGGUUACUUGCUCCUGGGGCUCCUGGCCAUGCUGCUGGCCGUGGAGACCUUCUCGGAACUGCCCCAGGUCCGGGCCAUGGUGGAGUUCUUUGGGUACAGUGAUUCUACGACAGAUGAAGACCAAGGCAGCAUCCUGGGCCAGGACGAACUGGCUCUGGGCACCACGACGGGCGCGGCCCCGCCAGCCUCAGCGCAGGCCCCAGCAUGCGGACAGGUGUCCCAGGACCUGGCAGCUCCUUGAAGGCGCCGGAGGGGCGGGGUCGGGCGUCAGUCC